CCCGUCACUGAUUCAGUUAAAUAUUGAUCUUGAUUUGGACUGCAGCUGUCUUCCCUCAUCAUCUGCUGCGCGAGAAUGGUGGACUUUGGAGAGGUUCUGAAAAGCGUCGGAGAGUUCGGCUUCUUCCAAAAGCUGAUCACUCUUGGGUUAGCUGUGCCGCAUUUCUUAAUGGGAACUUUCCUUUGUAGUUUCCUUUUUGUUGAGACAGAUCCAGAUCGACGCUGUAACACAGACUGGAUCCUCAGUGCCGGUCCUAAUCUGACCACGGAGGAGCAGCUGAACCUGACUCUGCCUCGGGAGGAGGACGGGAGCUUCAGCAGGUGUCUGAUGUUCGUCCCUGUGGACUGGGACAUCGAUGCCAUCAGGGAGAAUGGACUCAAUGAAACCACCAGGUGUCUGAAUGGAUGGGUGUAUGGAAACAUGCUGUAUGAAACCACCAUAGUCACUGAUUUCGAUCUGGUCUGUGGGAAGUCUAACAUGGCUGAAGUUGUGCAGACGGUCUUCAUGACAGGUUUACUCAUCGGCUCACUGGUGUUUGGACCUGUAGCUGAAUCGUUCGGCCGCAAGAGAACCACACUGUUACCAGCUGCCCUCAUGGGGAUAUUUGCCGUAGUAGUUGGUGUGUCUCCGAACUUCUACAUUUACUUAGUGGCUCAGUUCAUAGCUGCGGCUGCAAUUGGAGGAUACAGGAUGAACUCCACUGUGUUAGCCACAGAGUGGAUUGGUGUCUCCAAAAGGUCUAUUGCCAGCUGUGUGAACCAGAUAUUUCAAUGUCUGGGACAGAGCGCCAUGGCCUGUCUGGUCUAUGCUGUUCGUGACUGGAGAAAAGUGCAGUAUAUCCUGGCAGGAGCAGAGGCCUGUGUGUUGUUGUACAUGUGGUGGAUUCCUGAAUCUGCCAGGUGGCUGCUGGGACAGGGAAGAACUGAAGAAGCUAAAAAGUUGAUGUAUGAAGUUGCAGCAAUCAAUAAAAAGGAAAUCCCAGAGAAUCUGAUGGAUGAGGUAGAAGGGGAACAAAAAGUCCAAAAUGGAGGAAUCAAAGAAAUUUUCAAGUCUGCAGUCCUGACCAAACGUUUAUUCAUUAUAUCUUUUGUCUGGUGCUGUGUGAAUCUUGGAUACUGCUCCCUUAUCCUGAAUGUGGGUAAAUUCGGUCUGAGCAUCUUCCUGGUUCAGUUAGUCUUUGGGAUCUCUGAGAUGCCUGCACAUCUUCUCUGCAUCUUGUUUCUGGAGCUCUUGGGGCGGAAGAAGUCCCUGAUAUCCACACUUCUGGCAGGUGGUUUCGUUUGCCUCUUAACCCUGGCUUUCUCUGAAGACAAUGCCGUGGUGAUCACAAUCCUUGUAACCACAGGGAAGUUCUUCCUGAACUGGGCGUUUUCAGUAUGUAUGGUCUACAUUCAGGAGAUGUUUCCCACUUCUGUCAGGCAAACGGCAGUUGGUCUGGCCGCCAUAGCUUAUAGAGUGACGGGGCUGCUGUCUCCGCCGCUCAACAUGUUGGCCGUCUACCACUGGUCAAUACCCACCGUAGUCUUCGGCGUCCUGACAGUGUUCAGCGGAAUUUUCAGCUGUCUGCUUCCUGAGACCAGGAAAAAAGAGCUUCCUGAUUCAACGAGUGAUAUCAACGGGAUGGGGCCCAACAAGGCAACAGGAAGCCAGUUCAACAUGACGAAGAACAGCAGUAAUAAAUCCACCAGACUCUAGUGGGAACACUGUCGUUUACAGAUGUUUUUGUUGGGAUUAACUUUAGCUAUAUACUAGUAAGUAAAAUAACUAGUUGUACCUUCA